AUGGAACCAAAAAAACAAGAAGCUCACUUUGUCCUCCUCCCAUUCAUGGCCCAAGGCCACAUGAUUCCCAUGGUAGAUACCGCCCGAUUGCUCGCCAAACGCGGUCUAACCGUCACGAUCUUAAUAUCUCCUUACAACCUCGGUAGAAUCAAACCCAUAAUCGACCGGGCAAUCGCCUCCGGCUCCAACAUCCGCAUCUCCCACCUCAGAUUCCCGACUGUCGAAGCCGGCCUUCCGGAAGGUUGCGAAAGCCUCGACAUGGUCGAACAAGCCCUCCGUACCCUAGAUCCUCCACCGACCUGCAUAGUCUCCGACCUCUUCUAUCCGUGGUCGACAACCUUGGCCGCCCGACUCGGGAUACCACGAUUUGUGUUUCACGUGCUCGGUUGUUUUACCCUGUUGUGCAUGCACAUGUUGGCCGUCUCCCAGUGUUUCAAGGACAUCGACGUGCCCGACACUGAGUACUUCGCGCUGCCUGGCCUGCCCGACCGGGUCGAGAUCACCAAGGCCCAAAUAAGGGGCACAGCGGGUCGAGUCCCGAGUUGGUGGACCGAGCUUGUCGACAGGAUCGAAGAUGCCUACUCAGAGGCCUCCGGGAUCGUGGUGAACACGUUCGAGGAGCUCGAACCCGCUUACGUGAGGCGGUAUGCGGAAACCCUAGGCAAGGAGGUGUGGUGCGUGGGGCCCGUCUCCCUGUGCAACGAGGACGAGCUCGACAAGGCACAGAGAGGGAAUAACGAGGCCUCGAUCGACGGGGGGGAGUGCUUGAGGUGGCUCGACGCUAGGGACCCUAGCUCGGUUGUCUACGUCUGCCUCGGGAGCCUGUCGAGCCUGACCGUCGCGCAGCUCGUGGAGCUCGGGUUGGGCUUGGAGGCGUCGAGCCGCCCUUUCGUGUGGGUCGUGAGGAGGAGCACUUCGGACGAGGAGCUCGAGCUCGUGUCGUGGCUCGGGGGGUUCGAGGAGAGGGUGNGGGGUAAAGGCCUCGUGAUCCACGGGUGGGCCCCGCAGGUGAUGAUACUCUCCCACCCGAGUGUCGGGGGAUUCGUGACGCACUGUGGGUGGAAUUCGACGCUCGAGGGGACGACGUCGGGGGUACCGAUGAUGACGUGGCCGGUCUUCGCGGACCAGUUCUGCAACGAGAAGUUCAUCGUGAACGUGUUGGGGACGGGGGUUCGGGUAGGGGUCGAGGUGCCUGUCGAGUUCGUGAGAGAAAAGGACAAAGGAGGAGUUCAGGUGAAGUCAGAAUGCGUUAAGGCGGCUAUCGAGGAGUUAAUGGGUGGGGGAGAGAAAGGGAGAGCGAGGAGAGAGAGAGCACGAGAGCUCGGGAAAAAAGCGAGACGAGCGAUGGAGGAAGAAGGCUCGUCUUACAUUAACAUGACGCGUCUUAUACAACUCGUCAAGGGCCAACUAGGAUAA